AUGUCACAGAACUCAAACACCCUCAUGCGAAGGGUGGCCUCCCCCUUCAAGCGUAAAGACUCAUCCCUACUCACCCCCGCGGAGAGGCGCUACUCCCAACAGAUCGAAAAGGCGCUUGCCUUCUUCGAAACGGUUCUGGAAUGGGCGGACUACAUCUCAUUUCUCCACAAGCUCCAGAAGGCGCUUAGUGGCUUCACUCACAAUUGGAUCCCGCAAUCGUUUGAGGUUGCGCGUGCGUUGGGGCGGUGCCUCUCGCCGACGUUACCUAGCGGCGUCCACGGUAAAACUCUCGAGACCUACGCACUUGCGUUUAACAUUUUGGGCAAGGAUAAGCUCAAUGAGGAUAUUCACAUGUGGCUCCCCGGAUUAUUACCGUUGAUGUCGCAUGCGGCGAUUGCCAUCAAGCCACAGUUGCUCCAGUUGUACGAGCACCAACUCCUUCGGUUAGACGCUCGCAACCUCCGCGCGCUCGCCAAGCCAUUGAUUUUGUCGCUCUUACCAGGGCUAGAUGAUGAAGGAGCGGAGAGCUUUGAUGCAGUACUAAAGGUGCUUGAGGAUUUGAAGGUGCGGAUAGACAACGAUAAUCACUUUUGGCAGUGUCUCUUCUUGUGCAUUGUUACCUCUGCCGAUAAGCGCCAGGGGGCCCUAGCAUGGUGCACCAGGAAGCUCCCAGACUUCAAUUUCCAAGAGAGGCUCAGUUUUUUGCCCCAUGAAGCCAGAUCCUGCGUUUCGCCCGAUGUUGGGCUCCUCAUUCGUGCGUUUUGUGAGGCACUCGCUGACGACAACUUGUUUGUGCAGCGGGGCUUUUUCGACUUGCUCGUCACCCGGAUUGAGCUCCGUUCGGACGUGCUUCAGGUGUUGUGCAGUCCUAGUGACCGCGAAAAGUUGGUCAUGAGCGCAUGCUCUACUGUCGCGCGGAAGGACAUGUCGUUGAACAGACGGUUGUGGAAGUGGCUUUUAGGUCCGGAUGAGCCAGAAGAGUCCAAGACGAACGAGAACCCCCCAGAGGGACUGGAGGGAUCUACGCUUGACUGGAAAACCCACUACUUCCAGCGCUAUGGCCUUGACAGCUUAUCCACCGGCUUGCUCAACCUUAUCCACGGCUCAAAGACCCGGGGUACUGCGGAUUCCCAGAAGACUGAGGCCUUCAGGAUUUGUCUCGCCAUCAUGGACAAGUGGGAGAUCGGCCAUUUGAUCAUCCCUCGGGUUUUUCUUCCGGCGCUCAAAAGCUGCCAAGAGGCGUCUCUGGACGUUCUCACCUCCGCUGGUGCGUUGUUUGACGCCAUCGAGGCAUUUGACAUCUGGUCAGACCUCCACAAGCUCGUCGACACAGACUUGACGUUGGUAAGUUUUGCCCUCCAGCACUUCAACGUUGAUGACGAGGAAAUGAUGGUGCAGCACAUGCCCUUGCUCUUUCUCCGUCUCCUUGUCAAAUGUGAAAGCCUGUGCGACGAGCGUGAAAUCGCUCAGUGUUUGGAGAUUUGUCAGGAAAUGAUUACACUUAUCCCGGAACGCGCGUUCUUGCCCAUUGACGUUGGUAUGAAAACACUCACAGAGAUUCCCCUGAGCGCCAACGAGACUUCCGCUGAGAUCUCCGAAUCUUCCAGCGUUUCUGUUUUGCUGAAAUUGCACCAGUACUACGCAAGCCAAACCCGUGCGUUCCCCUACACGCAUGCUGACCUUACAGCCUCGUUGUUGGACCGGUGUGCAGCCCUUGUAGAUACCUAUCUCCAGAAACCCUCCCCUCAAGUCUUCCGGUUCUCAGCGUUGCUCUGCGACCUUGUGUCGAAGAUCCCGGUAGGCGCCACCCCCUGGCGAUGCUACGCGCUUUAUGACACAAUCAGCAGCUUACCGGAGACCACCUCUGUACCGCUUGCACUUGCGGUGUCCAAGCUUUUUGGGCCAGUCGUAAAGGCGUGCACUGCGACGGAGAAAUCGCGCUUGGUGAAGUGCACCCUCGACAAGCUCUGGGACGUGAUGCUCGAACACAAGGGGAAAUACCAAGUCGAGGCGGUGCGCAGCAUCUGGACCAUGGAAAUGAGCGUGGAUUCGCAGUAUAUCGAGGCUGGACUCUGCGCUUUGCUUUUGAAGGCCGAUCCCCGGAGACGGAUGCUCGCUAUCAACACUUUGUGGACUCACACGGCGCUGCUAGGCGAUACAGUGUCCCUCCUCAAGAGACCAAUCUGGCUCGUCUUGGACGAUUUGGCCGCGCAGGGGACCUCGCAGCGCGAUUUGUGUUGCGAGUGGAUCCUGACCGUGGUCAAUGGCGGUACGGCUAACCGAUUUUUCAACGUCAUUACUCAACCAUUGUUCCAUCUCUCGUUCCUUACGGGCGAGACGAUCGACGAUCUAGAAGCUACCCAUUACCACUUGAGCACCGUGGUGAAUGUUUUGCGCGUCACCCCGCUCGUCACCACUGCGUUGAAUAACGAGUUAGUUACUAUCACAGACAAUCUUUCGUUGGAGUUCAUCCAAAAGAACGACUGGGACGUCUCCACUUACAAGUCGUUGCUCCUCAGCGUAUGUUUGAGAUUUUUGGCUCUCAGCCCCCCUGAAGAGGCCAUCAACGAUGAUAUCUACGGGAUGUGCGUGAGGGAUGCCUUGGACAUCAUAGAGCUAUUGGUUGAUGGUUCCGAGGGCGAUUUUGAGAAAAUCAUCGCGUCUACCUUGCAGUCGGCCGAGACAUUCUUUGACGCCGGUGAUUCCCAGAAGCAGACGAUUGAGGUGCAAUACCUCGCGUUAGCGGAGAAAGUGCUCGUGAUGGCGAAACACAAACGGUUGCACUUGUUCGGGACUAGCUCCCGGUUGGUGGGGUUUUUGGUGCUGGGCAUUUCCAAGGCCGAAGCUUCCAUCGUAGUCCACCACUGGGUCAAGCUCCUCUCCGCUUGUUUGCCUUUCUUCUCAGAAUCGCUUUUCCUGGCGGUUUUCAGAUUGUGCGACUGCUUCUGUCGCAAGAUCACGGACAUAUUCAGUUGCAUCGAGGGCGUGCUCUACGGUGUGAGUAUGGAGGGUAAUCUCGGCGAGGCUGAACGGUCGAUUUCCCUUCUUAUCAAUGGCUUAGAGUCUCUCUUGCUAGUCACCCACCAGAGGUUGGGAAGGCCAGACGAGGCUGGGUUAAAUCCUGGCGAUACUGGCUUCUUUGGCAGCGUCUUACAGGGAGUAUUCCAGUCUGAUAACCUUGCGUCAAAAAGUGACGAUAAUGAUCGUCUUAGCUUAUUGCUCAGCUUCCAGAACGCCAUCAAGGUUUGCUUUGGUAUCUGGUUGUGGUCAGAGGAGCGCACGAAGGGGUUCAGCAACAACGAGGUUCUCUCUGGAAAGUAUGGCAUCAGCCCGCAAGACUCCACGGCAUUUGUUGCCACUCGGUUGAAGUUCCGCUGCAAAAAGCUCAUGGAAACCUUGAAUGCACUCGAACCGUUGGAAACAUUGGAGUCUUUGGUGUCGUAUAAAUCCAGCUCUAUAGAGUACGAAUCAUUGAUCUUCAAGAUUCUUAACGGACUAGAUGGAGGGAAGCCGCUCGUGACCUUCGAGUCGAUUUUGCAAACGUUAGGGUCCCAUUUCAGCGAUGCCCCGUCCUCCUCGUUGCUAAACCCCGAUGUACCCGAGACAAAGGUUGCCCAUCUUUUGGUGGGUUACGUAGAGUUUCUUGACAACGAUGUGGUGGAAGAGCUCUGGCCAGUGGCCUUGGUUUUCUUGAAAGAAGCGUCGGUGCUGGCCAGUUAUAAACCGAUAUACCCCGAUUUGUUGAAACUUGUUGCUAUUGUGGGCCACAAGUUGCACAAGUCUAGUGAUAGAAAGCAGAAACGCGAGAUGGCGGAUGUUUUUACCAAGAUUGCACUUCUGGCGGUCAAUCUAGGCUCACGGUCUAUUCAUUUGGGUCUUGCUGAAAAAGACAAGCCUCUGCUCAGCGAAACAAGAGAACUCUCGCCUGAGCUCGCUUCGACCUCCAACGACAAUAUGGUCAACUGCAUGAUUUCCAUUCUUCCGUAUAUUCCCGAUCUUUUGACAGAUUCUGAUAGGAUUACCGCUUUCGUCAAUUCGGUGGUGAGUGGGUUGGUGCAGCCGGCUUUCAAAGGCAAGUUUGCUGUUUCAUCCCAGCUUCUUCGUCUCUUGAUUGAGCUCGGAUCGUUAAAUCAGACCAAGAUUUGGAGGCUGGUGGUGUCCGAACUCUUCAUGGAUGCUAGCUUCUUUGGUACCAACAAUCCUGAGUACAGGGAGUUGCUCGUGACGUGGGCCGAGCCCGAGAAGGAUGACCGUCUAGCCGACUUGCUCUUCCGGGUGCAACCAUACAACCCCAGCUCCACGCUCUUCAACUGGAACGAAGUUGAGAUCACCGCGCGCGUGCUUCACUUGAGAAGGAUUGUCUAUCUUAUCAUGAUUGCCCCCAGGGACUUCUACAUGUCCACAUUGGAUGACCUCAUGGUGCGUCUUGCGGAGAUCUUCCACUCGCCAACCAAGCAGUUGAAGAGGGAUGCCUUUGUCUGCCUCCGAGCGGUAUUGUUGAGAUUCACUCAUUCGCAUCUUGUGCAGUACUGGCCAUCAAUCAUUGGGGCGUUGCAGUCGCUGUUCAUCGAGGUGAUGGACGGAAACGAUGACAGCAUCGACGUAGUUCUUGGAGCUUGCAAGCUCUUAGAUAUGCUCAUCAUGGUGGCACCCGAGGAGUUUCAGUUGUACCAGUGGCUUUUCAUCACCGACAACGCCGAUGCGAUCUACGGCGAUAAUGCCACCACUUUAUCAUUGAUCGACCGCCUCAGUAAAAUGGAUAUGAACGACAAAACAGAAGAGCUCGAACCGAUCCUAGAUGUUACAGUGAAUGUCAAUUCCACAGAUCUCGACGCUAAGCGACCGUUAUUGGUCGGUGUCCAGCGGGUACGGAGGCUCAGAAACUUGAAGCACUUCUUCGAGGGAUUGAGCAUUGCGUUCUACGAGCUUGUCUACCGUGGUGGAGAGUUGGAUGUGAAGUCGUGCGAAGAAGACGUGUUUAGCGAUUUGUUUUUCUAA